GUCAAUUAGGCUUGGAGAGAAAUAGACUGGUUUACUUGGUUGUCUAUUUCUGCUCCAAUUCAUCAGUCUGCUAUUCUCUCUCCUCUCUAAUUCCCCGAAAAAUAUCAAUGGAUACAGACGUUGUUAUGGUUCCCGCCGGCGAGGGUUCGAGCACCGGUGGCCCCUCUUCCAAAAAACCCAAACGUUUUGAGAUCAAAAAGUGGAACGCCGUCUCUCUUUGGGCCUGGGAUAUUGUUGUCGACAAUUGCGCAAUCUGUCGUAAUCAUAUUAUGGAUCUAUGUAUUGAAUGCCAAGCUAAUCAAGCGAGCGCUACGAGUGAGGAGUGCACUGUUGCUUGGGGUGUUUGCAACCAUGCCUUCCAUUUCCACUGCAUCAGCCGUUGGUUGAAAACCCGACAAGUCUGUCCAUUAGAUAAUAGUGAGUGGGAGUUUCAGAAAUAUGGUCAUUAGUUUCAUUAUGGCAUCAUAUGGAAGCGUGAUUUCCUUCAGCUCAAGCGUGGAUGGUCGGUGCAGAUUUUGUAAUAUUGGUGAAGUUUUUUUUUGCUGGUCUGUGGGAGUUUCAGAAAAAAUAUGGUCAUUAAUUUGAUUGUGUGCUGAGAAAUAUUGCAAAAUUUCGACAUUGUUGUAGUGCUCUAUGCAUAUAUGGACUGAUGUAUGGAAACUGAUCUGCUAUUCCUUCAUGUGGAGAAGUGAACUUGUUGAUUAGCAAGAAGCUAAGGAAUGCAUGUUUUGUAAUAGGGAAAGCUUGGUUUAUUAA